UAUAUAUAUAUAGACGUGCGGUGUAAGUUUUAGUAUUAGUGUGUUAUCAAACUGUGUGCGAGUUGCUUAAUGGAGAAGAAGGAGAAGAAGAAAGGUAUGGGGCGCAAAAAGAUCGAAAUCAAGAAAAUAGAGAAUUCAAGCCGUCUAAUGGUUACUUUCACAAAGCGUAGGGGCGGACUCUUCAAAAAGGCUGCUCAGCUAAGUGCAAUGUGUGGUGCCAAUGUUGCGGUCAUCGUCAAGUCCCCCAACGCCGGGAGGAUUCAUUCCUUCGGAACCCCAUCCGUGGACGCCGUCCUCAACCGCUUUCUCUACCAAAACCCUAGUGAUCAUCAUGAUCAGGAAGUCAUGGACAAAUGCAAAGGCAAGAAAGAUGAAGAAGAAAAAGUGAUGGAAGAUAGGGAUAGGGUUUGGUGGGACGCAGGGAUUGAUGAAUUAGGGUUGAAUGAGCUUGAGGAGUACAUGACUGCACUCGAAGGUUUGAGGGAGAACGUGGUGGCUCGGGCCAAUGAGAUGACCAUGGCGAGUGCUUGUUCAUCCAAUGAGAUGCCCAUGACGACUGCUUAUUCUUAUAUCGAUCCUUUUAGCGAUGGUCUAGAAUUUGACUUUACUGAGUCUGAUCUUGAUUUUCUCAAUCAGAUCAUUAACAAUUAGGGUCUCUACAGUGUGUGAUUUUGAUAUAUAAAAUGAAUUUGAUAUUGACAAUGAAGU